AUGGCUCCAGCUCAACGGAAGAACGCGCAGUCUGUCGCCGCCGAGAUAUCCCUUGUACACCUCAAGAAUUGUCUCGUGAAUCUCCCGACGUCACUAGUCAAUCUGCUCGUAACAGUCAAUACUCCUGCCCAAAAUGUUAUUGUCGAGCUCAAUUAUCGCGUUCCGUUACCGACGAAUGGCUCCUCUCAAGCCAAUGGCUCCUCAUCCUCACAACGAUCGCUAUAUCUCGGAUGGACAGGAAUGCCUAGCAAACGAAAGGUAGCCCCUAUAGUGGAUCGCGAUGGUAUCAGUGGUACGCGUGGUAGUGGAAGAGAUCAAGAGGUAGCUUCGGUUGAGAUCGAUGCUACAUUAGCUCGUACCCUUGGAUUGUCGGAUGGCCAGAAGGUUACGGCCACAAUACACGUCGACCCUAUUUUGGCACAUACAGUGAACAUCGAACCAGUGACAUCCGAAGACUGGGAGAUCAUUGAACUACACGCGACCUUCUUGGAGCUCAAUUUGCUAUCUCAAAUCCGCGCGCUUCCGAAUCCAGUUUACACCGCUUCGCCCGGUCAACCUCCCAGCCCGCAUCCUUUGACCCUCCAUCUCUCGCCGACAUCUACAGCCAACAUAAGGAUUGUGUCCCUUGAACCGGCUCUCCCGCCAAAUGUCCCAUUCGCAAAAAUCGCACCCGAUGCCGAAGUUGUCGUCGCGCCAAAGACGCGAUCUAAGCCUUCCAAAGGUACACGGGAAGAUCGCAGCGUAGGUGGAACGUCAAGGAGAAGCGCGAAGAGCUCGACUAGUACAGUGCGGAGGAAGAGCGCACGGGAAGAGAAGAAGCCAAGCUUGUUUUUAAGAGGAAUUGACCGGAAGCUUUGCGACGAAUGGUUUGAUGAUGAAUCAGCGCCGCAAGACUUGAGUGUAUGGGUUGAUCGUGAUCUUCUGCUUUCAAAAGAAUUCCGCGGCGUAACAUGGGUUGUUGUGAAUAUUGUCAAGCCAGCUGGACUUCAACCUCCUCUGGAUCCUCAAAAACAGCAGGAAAAUGCAGCGAAUGGUGAGACCAUAAAAGCGACCGAGAAAGUUGUUGCUCGCUUACACCCAUGGGAUGACCCCCCGACAACUCAGACUAUUGCCCUUUCUACUCCUCUUUGCGCGGUGCUUGGUUGUAUAGGAAUUGUUGGAGGGAUCGCCAAGAUCGAGCCAGCACCAGCGCCGUUAUCACGUACUUCGAUACAAAAGAUAAAAGUAUCUCCAUUUUCAAUUGAGGAUCUAAGAAAUUCAGCAGGAUUAAAAUUUGGAGGAGAGUCAAAAGCUGAAAAAGAAGAAGCAUCCAAAAAGGUAUCCCAUAUUUAUGGACAAAAAGACAAAAUUAAUGGUCUAUUACAAGGUCCCUUAACUGAUGGGAUGAUACUGCCAGUAUACGAUACUCUCCAGCUGUCACACGGCUGGGAGGGCGGUAUCCUGAAGCUUGAGGGCGCAAGCAUAGACGAUUCGAAAGAACGAUUGAGUUGGUAUCUUGGAUCUGAAAAGUCCGUGCCGAUUGAGGUACAACCGCCAGCUCCUCGACCAGCUUGGUUAGUGGAAGAUGAAAUCACCGAUCAAAAGCCUGCAAGUGACUCGGUUUUAGUCGGAAUUGAUUCACUCCUAACAGAUUUGAAAUCUCAUCUCACACACAUGUCGUCUGUCCUUCUAAGUGGUGCUUUGGGAGCAGGUAAGACAGCUGUCGUCCAGUCCCUGGCCCAAACGCUGCGAGAGGAAUUCCUAUUCCACACAACUUACUUUCCAUGCAGAAAAUUGGUCAACGACGAAAGCAGAAUUUCUACUAUCAAAGAAACGUUGAAUAGGAUAUUCAUGGGUGCUAGCUGGGGCGCAAGACUCGGUGGGAAAGCUCUUGUUAUACUGGACGAUCUGGACAAGUUAUGCCCAGUAGAGACGGAGUUGCAGGUAGGAAACGACAACAGCCGAAGCAGGCAGGUUAGUGAAACUAUCAGCUCAAUUGUCCAUCAGUAUUGUGGGCGCGAUAGGGGAGUCGUUCUAUUAGCUACCGCCCAAGGCAAAGAAUCACUUAAUAAUGUUAUCAUCGGAGGCCACGUCGUCCGGGAAAUCGUCGAAUUAAAAGCGCCAGACAAAGAGGCUCGAAGAAAGGUCUUGGAGGCGAUCGUCAAGCAGCAGACCGUGGCUCGGGGAUCUUUGCCAGCACCCGAGCCUUCUGGUAGUCGGCCUACUACUGCCAAUGGGAGCAUAGGUGGCGACGAUACCGACACGUGGAUGGAUGGCGCGGAUCAACUUAGCCCUAAAAAAUCUAUCUCUACAAAUUUAAGGUCGGAAGGUUUCCUCCUAGACCCAGACCUAGAUUUCCUCGACCUCGCUGGGGAAACGGAUGGCUACAUGCCGGGAGAUCUUAUCCUUCUCGUAUCUCGAGCCCGCAACGAAGCUUUAAUACGGUCUGUCAGCGAGGACCCUUCAAACGAAUCACUGGACGUUGUUCAACUUGGUCGUGCCGAUUUCGAUAACGCUCUCAAAGGAUUCACUCCAGCGUCUCUUCGGAAUGUCCCUUUGCAGACGUCGACAACUACAUUUGACUCAAUCGGAGGUCUAAAGGAAACACGACAGAUCUUACUCGAGACAUUACAAUACCCAACGAAAUACGCGCCGAUAUUUGCGCAAUGUCCUCUGAGAUUGCGUUCCGGAUUACUCUUAUACGGUUUCCCUGGGUGUGGUAAAACUCUGCUUGCAAGCGCAGUUGCGGGAGAGUGUGGGCUCAAUUUCAUAUCCGUGAAGGGACCUGAAAUAUUAAAUAAGUAUAUUGGAGCCAGUGAGAAAAGCGUUCGUGAUCUUUUUGAACGCGCUUCUGCUGCCAAGCCAUGUGUGCUAUUUUUUGACGAAUUUGACUCGAUCGCUCCUAAACGAGGUCAUGACUCAACAGGCGUUACGGAUCGAGUAGUCAAUCAACUGUUAACCCAAAUGGACGGUGCGGAAGGUCUAUCUGGUGUUUAUGUUUUAGCUGCAACAUCGCGACCAGACCUGAUCGAUCCAGCCUUGCUCCGUCCGGGGCGUUUAGAUAAGAGUUUGCUCUGCGGUUUUCCGACUGUAGAAGACCGCGCCGAUAUCUUGAAGGCCCUGAGUAAGAAAGUCAAGCUCAGCAAAGAGCUAGUAGCGUCAGAGGAGAGCUUCCUUGAGCUCGCAAAGCGAACGGAAGGGUUUUCCGGUGCCGAUUUGCAGGCACUCAUCUCAAACGCUCAGUUAGAAGCCAUCCACGAUGUGCUAAAAGACAUCGAGUUACAGCCUUCAGGCGACAAACGUAAUGGUGCUGACUCCCGAGCCAAAGCAAGCACAUCAGCAAGCAACCGGAAUUUCAUCCAAUUUCGCUACGGUAUCGAGGCUGCUCUGGCCGAAGCAGAGGAAAAGACAAAAAAAGGAUAUAACAAGUCAACCCAGCUGGCCGAGAAUGCUGCUAUGGCAGCUAAGCUUUCCGAAAUAAAAGCGGCGAAGAAACAGACAAAACUAGGUCAGAAGAGAAUAAAUCACAAUUCAAGGGAUACUAGCGAUAAAGGGAAAGAAGGAAACAAUACGGAAGUCCUUAUCGGUUGGAGGCAUGUGGUGAAGGCGUUGGAAUCGACCAGGGCCAGUAUCAGUCCCCAGGAAAGAAAUCGCCUAGAACGGAUCUACAGAGAAUUCGUAGUUGGACGGAGCGGCGAAAUGCGGGAUGGUCAAGGGAGCAUGGAAAUUGGCGGACGAAGCAGCCUCAUGUAAGGCCUUUCUGCAUUAAAAUAGAGGCAAAGCAAGGCAAGGUUAAAUAAAAGGUCUAU